AUCUGUCUAUUUUCUACUUCUAUCUACUUGUUCUCUAUUUGCCAUUCGAAUGGUAAGACGACCCACCCAAUAUAAAUAGCCUGGCAUUGUUUGAUUAAAAAUUCGCUAAAUCGCUCUCAACGAUUUAUUUGUAGAAGCAUCGCUUGUCCUUAAUAAUCAUCGACAUUCAUUACGCGCGAUGAUUACGAGGGAAGUAGCCAAGGGCGAACGAGUGUAGGUAGAUCGCGGGUGCGGGAUCCCAUACGUUGCAGGCAGAUGGGUCAGGAAGUAAAAGGGUCGAGCGAGCCGGCGUUAAACGCUUGGAGCCAAGUUCCCUACGUCUCUACAUUUAUACGGCCCUAAGCGCGACUGUGUGCGUACUCGUGCUACGCAACGUCCCUACCACAAUCCCAUUUAGGCGAAUGGCGGCUGUCAACUGGUGGACGGCGGAUAACUAAUUCGUGGAGGCGAGGAAAGAAUUUCCAAUUUCGCGAAGGCGAUUCUCGCUGGAGCGUCGAUUUGCCUCGGCACCGGCUUGACACCAAGGCCGACUGCCCUCCUCCGGUGCAACGUUCUACUCGUUCUAGCCAGCGAAAGCCAAGGGGAAGGCUUCCGGCUGACGUUUUUAUGAAUUUCUAAUUGAUUUACCACCAAGGCAGCUCUUAUGACAUCCGGAAAGGAAACUACUAUGGGGGAGCAGCCGAUAUUUACGUGCAAAGCACACGUGUUUCAUAUCGAUCCAAAGACUAAGCGAUCAUGGGUGUCUGCAUCCACAGCGGCAGUUUCAGUAUCGUUCUUUUAUGAUUCUACGCGUAAUCUCUACAGAAUAAUAUCCGUAGAAGGCAGUAAGGCUGUCAUAAACAGUACAAUUACCCCUCUUAUGACCUUUACGAAGACAUCGCAAAAGUUUGGCCAAUGGUCGGAUGUCAGGGCCAAUACAGUUUAUGGCUUAGGCUUCUCGUCGGAAAAUGAAUUAGGAAAGUUUAUCGAAAAAUUUAACGAAGUUAAAGAGGCAACUAAAUUGGCUGGCGCCAAGAUUCAGUCAAAUAGUUCUUCAGUUACCCCCGCUACAAGUGCCAAUGUCAGUCCAAUCACAUCUCGAUCUUGCAUGCCUUCGUCGGAGCAAGAUCUCAUCGACCCUCCAAACUCAUCGAUGAUAAACUCUAAUAUAUCAACUUCUAAUAAUCCAGUUCCCAACGCUAAUAUAAUCUCCGCUCAAAACAGUAUUUCCUCGGUAAGUGGUAGCCCGUUGCCGGCUUACUGCAUGCAAAUAAAGGAGGAUGACUACAAAAGCACGGUUCACUCGAGAUCCCAAAGUAUUUCUCAACAAAGUACUACCGAUAGUCCUCAGCAUCAAGGAAAAAUGCAGCAACAGCUCAACUCCAACGCUGGUACCGGUGGCCAAACAGCAGAAAUGCAACUCAAAUAUGAAAACGAUAGGCUUAAAUUAGCGCUUGCCCAGAGCUCAGCUAAUGCCAAAAAGUGGGAGAUUGAAUUAGCAACACUUAAAACAAACAAUACUAGAUUGACAAGUGCCCUUCAGGAGUCCACGGCUAAUGUCGACGAAUGGAAAAGACAGCUUCAACUUUACAAAGAAGAAAAUGCCAGGGUAAAAGCUAAAUACGCCGACUUAGAAGCUGGAAAGAUCGCAGAAGGUAACAGCGAAGCUCUCAGGUUAAAAGUUGAAGCUUUAGCGGAGGAAUUAAGAACAAGGACGGAGGAAGUGAAGGCUCUUACAAUGGCUUCCAAGAACAAAGAUUAUGCGGCUAUACAGAAGGAGAAUGCAGAUCUGCGAGAAAUGUUAAACGUUGUCCAAGAACAAUUAGAGAUUUCAAUGAGCACAAAUAAAGUACAGAAGCAAAACUUAGAGACGUUGAAUGCUCGAUUAGCUGGAUAUAUCCAAGACUUAGCUACAGUGCAACGAGAAAUCACAAACACAUUGCAAACUUAAGACAGCCUUAGAGUUCAUCGUAUCGUUAGAAGUUCUUGUUCCAAAGCAAUAAUUAUUUUUAAAUCAUCUACACUGCACUUUUGUCGACUAAUUGAAAUACACAUUUUCAUCGAUAUGACUUUAAAAUUAACCGAUUAACAUCGACUUCUUACAUUCACAUAAUAUAAAUUGGUGAUUGACGUACUCUAGCA